AUGUCAUUCGAUGACUACGCUCAGAUCCUUGCUCGCCCUCGCAGGCAAAAUGUAAAUUCUUCAGCGGGCUCAGUCUCUUCCAUCCAGUUGCAAAGCGACGGUGCUCCAGACGCAUCUGACACCGACGAUGACCUGCUGGCUGUGGACUCUCGCAUGGAUGAAGAUCAUGACAUGGACGGCGUUAGUGACGACGAUGUCCAUGACGAUAAUGGUCACGAAGACCAUGAAUACGGCCAGUCUAACGAAGACCAUGAUGGGGAUGUUGAGGACUCCGCUGAUGGUUGUGACCACGAAGACGAUGUAGAAGGUGAUAGUCACAAUGACAACGACGCCAAGGACACCGAUGAGGGAUCUGAGCAUGACGAGAAUAACGAAGACCUCGAAUGUGCAAAGACUUCGCCAGAUAUCUAUACUUCUUCCCAGGCAAAUCGUGAAGACCCCGCCACAUCUAAUCAAGCUUAUGCCCACGAGUCAGAUGCAGAUGAAGACCUGGAGCACGAUCACAACAACGAUCACCACAGUCUAUCGUCGCCGCCUCCUAAGCGCAGGAAGACGUCUUCGCUAGUCAAAAAUACCUCGGCCAACACUUCUCAGAACGCAAUUCGCUCGACAACCAUUCGCACCAAGCAUGCUCAUACGUCACGUUCAAGUGACAACCCCACUCCAGCUAGUAUAGUUUUUGGCCCUACAUCAGACAACAGCGCCAGUGAGAAUGAAGAAGAACUCCCAGGCCAUUUAAAGCGAGGCCAGCUAUGUCAGGAGGGCAUCGAUGAGGCUCAGGAGCUUGGACAGCAAACAGCUGAAGAAGCUCGGGUCAUUGGUGUCAAAUACGGCAAGUCCAUGCGCAGUAUUCUCAUUGAGGCUGGCCUGUCCAUCAAGCAUUCACGAUCAGAGUCUGAUUGGAACACCCACCAAUGCUGGUUCAUGGAUAAUCACUCUCACGAGGACAAAGAAUCCAUCGUUGACUGGAAAGAACACCAAUGCAAACAUUAUCAUGCAAUGGCCAAGGAGAGUGAACAGUGGGACACAAUUCGCAACUAUAGUAUUACUGGCGGCAAUACCAAACAAUCACGUGCCAAGACCAUCUUGUCAAUGAGGGAGGAUAUCGCAAGAAAGUUGUCUGCAUAUUCUUGUCUCGAAGGAGUAGAAGCUAUCGGCUGUAUAUUCGAUACAACACAAGACGAGGCUGCUCGACAGGCUUCCGGCUUUGUUGCAGGCUCCGACUUCAUAGUCAAGUUGAUCAAUGAGCAUCAACUGGACACUCGCGCAAUAUUAGAUUGGGUUGUAACCGCAACGAAAGCAAAAGGCUACAAUAUAUCCGUACCGCAGUUUAUGGGGGGAGUAGGGGCCUAUGAGAUUCUACUUUCAAAGCCAAACAAGGCUCCCCGUGACCAUUACAGAAGGAUAUGGCCAAUUAUGGUACUUGAGAACACUUCGAAGUUUGGGUAUCGACCCAAAGCAGUUCAGUGGCGGAAGCUCCUUGACUAUGCCUUCCAGUAUAAGUUCAUGAUCAAGAACUGGCCUGACGAUGUUUCCCCCAUCGGUCCCGAUUUCAACCCUCACAACCUUAGUUCACAGCAUCUCAAGCUGCUCGUUGUCCCUUUCAUCAAGCGCAAAGCACAUUCCUAUUAUGAAGCUGAACUCUGGGCCGAAGCUGAGAACUUGUUAGAGAUCGAGAAAAAGAAGUCCAAGGGCAAGCACCGAGGUCGGGAGCGCACCGUGGAAGACGUCAUAGAUGAAUUAGAUGUCAAUGUACCUGAGAUCGAGUUCACAGCUUGGUCAGAUGAGUGUCUCAAGCAGCUCAAGGACGAGGCGUCAGAGAUGUUUGACAUUCCCUUGGUGACUAGCAUCCUGGAUGUUGUGCUGUGCAAGCUGGUCGACUCCACUGAAGUUCAAGGCGUCUAUCCCUGA